GCGCUUAAGUACACUUACUGCGUGACGUAACACGUAAAUAAGUUGAUCAAGCUUUUACUCGCUAGGUUGUCUUCCUUUAGCUGUACUUACAUGCCGCCCCGCCAGUGUGAAUGGCAGUACCUCCGCGGAGCUAAAGGGAAGUUGACAUUUUAAUCGACACACGGGGAUAUGCCAUCUGACUUUGUCACGUAAAUACAAAGAACGCCUCACGUGAACAACAAACCGAGUCGUAAGAGCUAACCGGGGCUAGCACCACACUCUUCAUGUUCACUUUCUCUUCCACUUCUUCGUGUGUGUACUGACGGCCCGUAGCUUCUGUCACCAGUCCAGUUGAGUCCUUGGUGGGCCGCCAGGAGAGGAUGAACUGGCUUUUCCCUCUGUCCAAAGGCUCCGGACCUCUCCCACAGUUGAGCAGCCUACAGCAACAAAGACAGCGGCAGAUCGACUCACUCAAAGCCGCUCACCACAGCCUUGCAGAGAUCCAGAAGGAUGUGGAGUACAGAAUACCAUUCACAGUCAACAACUCCACUAUUAGUGUUAACAUUCUGCUACCUCCUCAGUUCCCUCAGGAGAAGCCGGUGGUUAGCGUCUACCCUCCUGUUGGUCAUCAUUUAGUUGACAGCAACAAUGGCACCAUGAUCACUAGUCCCCACAUCACAAAUUUUGGGAUGCACUCAGAUCUGGGCAAGGUCAUUCAAAGUCUCUUGGAUGAGUUCUGGAAAAGUCCUCCUGCUCUGAUGUCUACUGGCCCUGCUGGAUUUCCAUAUAUGUACAAGCCAUCAGGCAUGGCUGCGUACCCGACUCAGGCUUUCCAUUACGGUCCUCGUCAUAUGGGUACUAGUCAGACACCACCUGCUGGUCCAGCUGCAGCUCCCAUGCCUCACCCAGCCGUCGAUAAUGUCCAUGGGCCUCCUCGAGCUCCAGCUCCAUAUGGACUGAUUUCUGACCUGCCACUGCCUGUACCUACUGUAGAUUCACAGCCUGGAAUAAAUGGACAUAUGUACAAGAUGCCUGAAAUUCCGGAAUCUUUUCCUGAACUCUGUGACAUGAAUCUGACUCAGCUGUCGGAUAUGUCUGAAAAUGAGGACGUGCUGCUGAGUUUCUUUUUGGGUUUGCCACAACUCAAUCAGGUCACCAGUGAUAAAGAGGAGCUGGUCACCAGCAUAGUGGACAUGGCUAAAAAAAACCUUCAGAUGGAGCCACAGUUGGAAGGAAAGAGGCAAGAAAUGCUUUACAAGUUUGACCAGCUGACUCAGAUGAAGUCUGCCUUUGAGACAAAGAUGCAGAGGCAGCAUGAACUCAGUGAUAGUUGCAGUCUCAGUACAUUACAGGCUCGGUUAAAAGUUGCAGCCCACCAGGCAGAGGAGGAGUCAGAGGAGACAGCUGAAAACUUCUUGGAGGGGCUCACCGACAUAGACGAAUUCCUUACCAGCUUCAUGGAGAAGAGAACGCUUUGUCACAGCAGAAGGGCCAAAGAAGAAAAGCUGCAACACUCCAUCAACACACAUGGGCAGUUUCCUACCAGCCACUAGAACACAAGGUUUGGUGUUUUCUCAGCCGACUGCUGCCAACUUAAAGUAUACAGACAAUAGAGUGGACGAAAAAGCACACUGAGUCAACGACGUGCACUUAAAAGAAAUAAGGAAGAGGGUGAUGGCAAUGGUGGCUUAAGAAAAAAAAAAAAAAAAAAAAGCUUUUGUGGAGAAGGUAUGGAGUCACUACAGGAGGCCAAAACUGGAAGAAUGACUGACACAUGCUUAGUUGUGCAACCACAUUGCUUAGGAUUGAUCACAUUGUGACUCAUUUUUACUGCACAUUCUGUUAGUCCAGUUUUGACUCCAUUUUGAUGAUGAUAAUAAUGAGUUUUGUGUCUGUUCAGGAUUGGUGUCUUAUCAAGUGCACAUGAUCAGGGUGGUUGGUAACGUGAAGACAUUUGACAGGAAGUAGAAAUUGCUAUGGACAUUAUUCUCAGUCGUAUGCCAUUGCCAGUAUCUGCAUUUCCAUUCUCUGAGGUCAUUGUCAACUUCUUGCUCUUUCAUUUUUGCCCAGACAGGAACCAUUCUGGAUGAACAUACGCAAGUUAACAAGGUUCCUCUUCCAAAAUCUCCUGUUUACUUUAGAAUGGUUGUUUCAGCCAUUUACAUACAACUUAUCACUGUGGAGUCAUUGUUCCUCUAAUUUGUAAUUUUAUUACACAAAAGUGUUUCUAAGUUGGGGUUUAAAAUAUAAACUUAUCUCUUGAGUAAUUUGUUGGGAGCAUCCUAAACUCCAGUGUGUUUGCACAUACAUGAAUAAUUUGACUUUAACCUGUUAAAGCAAUACUUUGAUUACAGUGUACUGACUUAUCCACUGUUCAUUGUUCAACAUUUGUUUCAAAGUCAACAUGAAUCAAAUGCCAUAGAACAACUUCAAUGUUUUUGAGUUGGUGUUUUUUUUGUUUUUUUUCAGUUAAUCACUUAAACCAGGCUAAAAUUGAAACUGAUGUCAGCUUAAAGAGAAGUCUGGAGUACUGUACACUGGGUAGACGGUUUAAUACACAUCUUUUUUUUUUUCCCAGUAGUCACAUUUUUUUUGUGUCUGUAAACACACUGAAGACCAUUGAUUGCAGAUUACCACCACAAUGAUAACCUGCUCAUUUUAGAGAUGCCCUUUGAACUUGAGAUGUUUGAUAUAAAGCCUCAGAUGUUUAAGGACUACAUUGAGGAGUAUUAGGUUAAAUGCUGCAGUAUAACUCGGAUGACAUUGGAUACUGUAUUUAAAUAUUGUUAAUAAUAGGCUAUAUUGUAAUCAAAGACUCUGACACCUUGUAUAAUAUGUUCUUAUUUAAUUUGUUAGAGUAAUAAAGCAUUUAGAAUAAA